AACAAAUUUUAACAAAGCAACAACAAAAAAAUAUUCCAAAUCCAAAUCCAAAAUUUUGAUAAAAUUCAAAUUCAUUUCAUUUCUCAAAUUCACAUUUCUAGGGUUUGUUUAUAUCAGAAAACAAUGACGAACAACAAUAGUGGAAGCAAGAACGAGGAGGAGGUGGGGUCGUAUUUCUUGGAGGUGGCGCGUGGGGCGCACAAGAAGAAGGAGGAGGAGAUGGAAGAGGACACGGAAGACGAGGAGUGCCCGACGGAGCUCAACACUAUAAACAGCUCAGGCGGGUUCCUGGUGGUUUCCACCGAUAAGAUUUCGGUGAAGUACCCGAGCGUGAACCUCCACGGCCACGAUGUCGGAGUGGUGCAAGCUAACAAGCCGGCUCCGGUGAAGCGACUCGUUUACUACUUCGAGAUUUACGUCAAGGACUCCGGGGCCAAAGGCCAGAUCGCCAUUGGCUUCACCCCUGACAACUUCAAGAUGCGGAGACAGCCCGGGUGGGAGCCACACAGUUGUGGAUACCAUGGGGAUGAUGGAAUGCUUUAUCGUGGACAAGGAAAGGGAGAGGCUUUUGGCCCAACCUACACAGCUAAUGAUAUAGUUGGUGCUGGAAUUAAUUAUGCUUCACAUGAAUUCUUUUUCACUAAAAAUGGAGCAGUAGUAGGAACAGUGUACAAUGAUGUGAAGGGUUCCUUAUUUCCUACAAUUGCCGUUCACAGCCAAAAUGAGGAGGUCCAUGUCAACUUUGGGCAGAAACCAUUUGCUUUUGAUCUUGAGGAUUUUGAAAAACAAGAGAGGAUGAAGCAACAAAUGACAGUUGAAAAGAUAUCUUUGCCACCAAAUGUCAGUCAUGGAAUUGUACGCUCCUACUUACUACAUUAUGGCUAUGAAGAGACUCUCAACUCAUUUGACAUGGCUAGUAAAACUACUGUGCCUCCUGUCCAUAUAGCUCAAGAGAAUGGCUUUGAUGAGCAGGACAUCAUGUAUGCAUUGAAUGAGAGAAAGACUCUACGACAGCUAAUAAAGAAUGGGGAGAUUGACGCUGUACUUGGUAAACUUCAUGACUGGUAUCCCCAGAUUGUUCAGGAUGAUAAAUCGGCUACCUGCUUUCUGCUUCACUGUCAAAAGUUUAUUGAAUUGGUUCGUGUUGGGGCACUGGAGGAAGCUGUGAAGUAUGGAAGGAUUCAAUUGGCAAAAUUUUUUGGGCUCGCUGGGUUUGAGGAUUUUGUUCAGGAUUGUGUUGCCUUGUUGGCAUAUGAACAACCACGGGAAUCCUCAGUUGGAUACCUGCUUGAAGAUUCACAGCGAGAAGUUGUUGCUGAUGCAGUUAAUGCCAUGAUCUUGUCAAUGAAUCCUAACUUAAAAGAUUCACAUGGUUGCUUGCAAUCUUGUCUUGAGAGGCUACUCAGGCAGCUAACUGCAUGCUGCUUGGAGAGAAGGUCCUUAAAUGGGGAUCAAGGUGAAGCCUUCUAUCUGCACAGAGUACUCAACAUUGGUAAGAAGUGCUAGCUGAUAUGUUUAUCACACCUCUCGUCAUCCCCUUGUUAUAUAGCCAGUUGACCACUACCCCAAACUGUUGCAAGUGAUCAGCUUGGUUUUAGGGUAUGGUAUACUGUACAGAGACUCCCUUGCUACUUAGCUGAUCUGCAAUAAUGCUUCUUGGGAGGAAUGGGAUGUUCUCUAGAUUCAUGUAAGCUUGCAACCUCAAUGAAACAUUUUAAUUGAAUUGAAUUGAAUGGUGGUUUGAAUCUUAAAUUGAUAGAUUAUCCGGAAGGUCUUUUGUAUUA